AUGAAUAUUUCAGAGCUGAGAGAACUUAUGGCCGAGUUCGUGAAAAAGGGAAUUUCUGCCAGGUGUGCUGAGGACGGAAUUCACGUUGCGAAAGGUUGGCCUGCUGCUCCCUAUAAUGUUUAUAAGAUGGGCCUCACGAAAGCUUCUUUCAUUUUCGGAGAGAUGUUGAAAGAAGAUCCCAGAAAAAUUGUGAUGAAUUCAUGCUGCCCUGGUUAUGUUGAUACCGAUAUGACUAGUCACAAAGGAGUGAAAACAACUGAUGAGGGGGCUGAUACGCCGUUUUACUUGUCCACACUACCGAUUGGAGUUAAAGAGCCGAUUAACCAAUUUGUCUACGAAAGGAAAGUGGUCAAUUGGUGCAAGUGA